AUGAUGAACUCUUUUGCUUCUACACAAGUCGUAUCAUAUAGAGACAUGGGGAUGUAUGAACCAUUCCAACAGUUAUCUGGUUGGGAAAAUGCUUUCAGUAGUAAUCAGAAUAACAAUCAGAGUUCUUCCACAAUUCUUGAGGUUGAUGCUAGACCAGAAGCUUCUGCAGAUGAUAUCAAUAAGGCAAAUUAUACUUCUUUGUAUAACUCUGGUGAAGCAGAACCUUCUAGUAAUAAUGAUCAGGACGAAGAACAGAUCAAUGAUAAGAUGAAACGGCGAUUGGCUCAGAACCGAGAGGCUGCUCGGAAAAGUCGUUUGAGAAAGAAGGCCCAUGUCCAGCAGUUAGAAGAAAGCCGGUUGAAGUUGUCACAGCUCGAGCAGGAACUUGUAAGAGCUAGGCAGCAGGGAUUAUGCGUACGCAAUUCAUCAGAUACUAGUUAUCUAGGACCAGCUGGGAACAUGAACUCAGGGAUUGCUGCAUUUGAGAUGGAAUACACACAUUGGCUAGAAGAACAAAACAGGAGAGUUAGUGAGAUUCGAACAGCGCUCCAAGCUCACAUAAGUGACAUUGAGCUCAAAAUGCUGGUAGAGAUUUGCUUGAACCACUACGCAAAUCUCUUCCGCAUGAAAGCUGAUGCUGCAAAGGCUGAUGUGUUCUUCUUGCUGUCGGGAAUGUGGCGAACUUCAACUGAACGAUUCUUCCAGUGGAUUGGAGGUUUCCGCCCAUCCGAACUGUUAAAUGUGGUGAUGCCAUACGUUGAGCCCUUAACCGAUCAGCAACUCUUGGAAGUGCGAAACCUCCAACAGUCGUCUCAGCAAGCAGAGGAGGCUCUCUCUCAAGGCUUAGAUAAACUCCAGCAGGGUUUGGUGGACAGCAUCGCAAUCGAAAUAAGAGUUGUUGAUUCCGUGAAUUAUAGGGCUCAAAUGGCUUCAGCCAUGGAGAAUCUUCAAGCAUUGGAGGGUUUUGUGAACCAGGCGGAUCAUCUAAGGCAGCAGACUCUGCAGCAAAUGAGUAAGAUCUUGACGACAAGACAGGCUGCUCGAGGCUUACUCGCUUUAGGAGAGUAUUUCCACAGGCUUCGUGCUCUUAGUUCUCUAUGGGCAGCUCGUCCACGAGAACACACUUAA